AAAAGGAACUAGUUGUACGUCUCACAAAUACUCAGAGAGCCUUUGUGAUUUAGAAAAACUGCUAGAAGAAUGCAGAUUUAAACUGAGUGAGGUGUGGAGUGGGGGCAAGUGGUUGUGUCUGGACUGAAGGCGCUUGCCCAGAGUCUCUGGCACUCUGACACACAGGAGACAUUGCAGGCUUGAAGAAAGGAAUGAAAUGGCUGCUUUGGAAAUGUUGAAAUAAGUCAAAUGUAUUUGUGGCUUCAAAAAGAAAAAACGUAGAGAUUCAAGCACAUUUCCUGCUGCCAUGACAACUAUGCAAGAUUCACAGACCACAAAAGAGGCUGGCCCUGGUGUGUACCAGCUGGGGCAGCCUGCUGCUAUACAGUCAUAUAUGUGGAAAGGGAUGAUAGAGAAGUUCUUGAAGGGAGAACCCAAAGUCCUUGGGGUUGUGCAGGUCCUGAUCGCCCUAAUGAACUUCAGCUUGGGAUUAAUAACGAUAUGUGUAUCAGUGCCAUAUGUUCAUCAUCCACUUACAGAUACCUUUUUAAUGUAUUCGGGGUACACAGUUUGGGGGUCAGUGAUGUUUAUUAUUUCAGGGUCCUUGUCAAUUGCAGCAGGAACUAGAACUACAAAAGGCCUGGUCCGAGGUAGCCUAGGAUUGAACAUCACCAGCUCUGUCUUUGCUGUAGCAGGGAUCAUACUCACUUCCAUUGGCUUGAGUAUUUAUUCAUUGGAUUACUAUUACUGUAGCUAUCGUGACACCUCGAGUAAUUGUUCCACGAUCAAGUCUGUUUUUAUGGGUAUGGAUAUUAUCGUGCUCAUUUUAAGUAUGCUGGAGUUCUGCAUUGCUGUGUCCCUGUCUUCCUUUGGAUGCAAAGUUCUGUGCUGUAAUCCUGGUGGGGUUGUGUUUAUUCUGCCAUCAAAUCCCGCCAUGGCAGAAGCAGCAUCUCCUGCACCAUUUUCAAAAGAUUUGAUGCCACCAACAUAUCAAGAGAAAAAUGUUCCUGAAAAUCUACCCUGAGAGUAAUGCAAGAACUCCACUUGAGAAAGCACCAGAAUCCAGUUCUUAUAUAUAUAUACAUUUCAGAAUCAUGUUCUCAUUUUCCCCAACAACUCAUUCUACUGGCUCUUUAUCAACUGUAGCAGAAAUUAAAUAAAUAAAUUUAUUGAGUCAGUAAGACUUGAAAGUUUUUCAUCCAUCUUCAGGACUUUAUAUAAGAACAUUAAGGUAGAAAAUAAGGUUUUCCAGAAUAAAGGCAAAAAGACGUUGCUGAAAUGAGGCCUCCGGGCAGACUGUGUAAUGCUGCUUCCCGAGCCAAUAUUCCUCCCACUUGUUUGACUCUUUUCCUAAGUUUCUGAGAGCGGGUGUUUUUACCUUCAGAAAGUUGAGAUAUAUGUCUUUUCCCUUGCUUUCCUUUCCCUGCUUUCCUUCUCCCAUAGAAAUUAUCUUUGAAUAGCACAGUCAGUCCUUCUAUGUACAUAAAUCAUCAUCUGAGAGUAAGUACACAUAAAGUAAAAGUAUCAUGGAUUAGAUUCAACUUAUGUUUUCUAUUUAUCUCUCUUCACUUUCUUCUUCCCCUUCAUCCCUUCCCUCCUCUUUUCCCCUUCAUCCUCUUCCUCCUUUUCCUCGUCUUCCUUCUUCUCCUUCUCUCUCACUCACUCCUUUUCCUACAAGGCAGGAUUACAUCCUAAUCAAAUGUGUAUCCAGUGCCAUACAUGUGAUUGUGCAAUACAUGGUAUUUACUAAAUGUUAAUUAAAU